GUGUGUACCUGUAAGUAGCAGGGUGGGUCAGCAUAGAGGAGCACAUGUGUCUUCUGCUGCUAUUUCUUCACUUUCCUGCACCCCUAAACUCUGGAAAUACAUUAAAUGGGAUUUACAGUUUCGCUGUCCAACAUAAUCAACAAGGAUGAUGCCGACUUUGACCUCGCACAUACCAGUACCACGACCUUCCUACACCCAGGCCAGGGAGAACCUGGUGAAGGCUAUCCCACCCAAGCUCCUCUGUCUGCUGGCCUGCGGAGGAAAGGACUGUCGCUAUGAAGGACCAGAGUGUUGGGAAUUAAAUCAGCAGGUCAUUCGAGGCCUUUUCUCCUCCUGGGUCACAGACGACAUUAUUGCCAUGGCACGACCAUCCAAUCAUCUAAUUGAGAAGUACAACAUCAUAGAACAAUUUAAAAGGCUGAACAUCAGAUCAGUCAUCAACAUGCAGUUUCCAGGAGAGCAUGCCCACUGUGGACCGCCCCUAGACCCUGAGAGUGGUUUCACAUACUCUCCACAGACCUUCAUGGACAAUGAGAUUUACUUUUACAACUUCGGGAUGCCAGAUUUCGGUGUGUCCUCUCUUGUUGGUAUAAUCGAUGGGGUGAAGGUUUUGGCCUUUGCAGUGAGGGAAGGAAGAGUGGCUGUGCACUGCCAUGCAGGCCUGGGCAGGACAGGUGUCCUCAUAGCCUGCUACUUGAUCUACACCCUGCGCAUCAGCCCCAGUGAGGCUGUCCACUACGUGCGGAUUAAGCGUCCUCGCUCCAUCCAAACCCGGGCGCAGAUCAGCCAGGUGUUUGACUUUGCUCGCUUGCUUGGCACACAGCUGGUCCAAUACCCAGACCUCAGCCUGCGGCAUGGAGCCCCUUUCACCCUGCAGCACUACCUAAAUCGACAGGCGCUACUGCUGCAUGGCCAGGAGGCUCGCACCCUCAGGCAAACCCCCAAGGUGGUGUACCUACUGUGUGUGCAUCUCUCCUGCCUAGCCCUGGGUCUCCCGGCUCCUCCAGAGGUCCAUGCUGAGCUAGAGAAGAGGUCAGCAUUGAAGACCCUGGCCAGGACUGUGAGGGAGACCCUGGUGGCCCAACAGUACCUGCCCUUACUGAGGGAGAGUCAUAAGGGCUCGUGGGUGGGCUCAGGGUCGGUAACCUCCUGGGAUGAGCCGCUGGGAUUCUUGGAGAGGAGGAGAGAGGUGCUGCUGGACAAACGCAGCUACAGCGACUCCGACCUCAGCAAGAUCGCUGUACAGGAGGAUCUGGAGUUGAGCCAAUACCGCACCCCAGCACCUGGAGAUGAGAGACACUGGUGUAUGCAGGAUCUGAUACGACCAGAUCUGAGACCAGCUAGUCCGAUCUUUGCCACACAUUCAGCAGCCCGCCAGACCACCAAAAAGGAAUCUCAUGCACUCAACAUCCCAAUAUCUAGCAUGAGAACAAGCAACAACUGUGCUAAGAGGUCCAAGUGCUCAGCUAAGAAGGCACUUCCCAAAUACAGCUCCAACAUUGAGUUGCACAGAAAUCUACAUAAUCCAGGCCCAACCUCAGCCGCCCGUGCUGUUGCCAAGGCAAUGGCAGACCAAGGUCCUCCAGGAGAGACCAUUCUACAAAGAUCAGCUCUGUUGCAGGAGGAACUGAACAGUAGCGACUGCGGCUGGGCUCUGCUGGUCACAGAGUCAGAUCCUCACGUUCUCAGCUGUAUGUUGUGGACCUGGCUGGACAAGUUACGGGAGCCUGUUCUGAGUGCAGAGGAUGUAGGCAGGUUGAGUUGUGCUACAAACAACAGGAAGCCUCUCAGUGUACUCAAGAGGCCACAGAGACACACCAUCUACUGUCUGCUAAGCUGUGUGAGCACAGUGACCAGCCUGUGUCCACAUAGAGAGGAGGCAGUGCUGCAACGACUGAUGCGGACGCUUACAAGGCGCCCCCAAGAGGAAAUGGGCAGUCUUGCACCUUUGAUGAAGGUCCUGAAGGCGAGUUUGGGAGAAACCUCCCACAACUACAGAUACCUCACGAGGGCCUGCAGCACCAGUGCUACACUUUGAAGAUCACAGUCCAUAUCUGGAUAAAAACUAACAGAGCAGCUUUUUAUUUUUAAAGUUAGUGGUAUUUCUUCCUGGGAACCUGAUUGGGGGCAAAAUCAAGAGGUGUCAUAUGCCCUUUUGGCUAAAGACAUUUUGAGAUGUCACAGUAGGAAAAAUAAAUAAUACAAUAAAUGAUGGUUAAAUUCCAUUUAGCUGCUUUAGUUUCAGGGUCCUGGUGUUGUGUUGUGCAUGUUGGCACACUGUCAUGACUUACUGGGACACUUGAAUAGAGCAGGGCCAUUCUCAAUGUUAUUAGUACCACCUUUGUUGAGUCUCUCUAGUUCAAACUGUGUUUGUGUUGUUUGCUUGCUCUCACUUUCACACACUACCACCCCUCACACAGGGCAAUAAAUGCAUGAAAAUGUGCUCUGAAAAGGGAGCAUGAGAUGAUUUGGUAGAUGCAACAGUGAAGUACAGAUUUCUGUGUUUUCAUCAUUUUCAAGCAUUUACUGACCUUGAUGAACAGUUGGUAUAAAGCCGGUCUUGUGUGUUUACAAUAGAUUAAUAAGAUUGAUCUCUCACCACCACAUAUUUGAGCAUGAAUGUAUCCUUGAAACCAUAAUUACUGGAAAUUGGCUUUCAGUUGUUUUAAAAAGGGUAGAUGAGUGCACCUACCCUAGGCCUGAUUCACUUAUGCCAUGGGCCAGUCCUGCAUAUCAUGCUGGAACAGUGGUUGAACUUAAAGCCCUGAAAUUAGAAUCUGAUAAUGAGACUUUUACAUUUUGUUUCAUGUCUGUUUUCAUUAGUUUGUAACAUACUGUGUUUUAGUAUUAGCAGAUAAGAUCCAAACAGUGUGUCCACGCUAUGAUCCUGUGGCCUGUCUCAGCCUUCCAUACCUAAUAAAUC